AUGGCAAACCUUCCCCACCGAGAACUAAUCCCGGAUGGCACUUUUCUGGCGAACGGUAAUAAUUAUUGGUCAAAAUGGUUCACGGAAAUGAAACCUGGGAAUCAUGGUGACACUGCUUGGACGAAAAGGCGGGAACAGCAUGUCGGAUUGAGACGUAUAUCAGUGAAACAUGUUGCCGAUAAUUGUGGAAUAUUUGAAUGGAAGAUAAAAUGUGAAGCACAAGAGAAAAUUAUUUUUAUUGGAAGUACGUCAUCUUUGAGGAAUAGAAUUCGCGAAUAUUCCUAUGAUGGCAGCCAUAAAGGAGAUCUCAUAAAUGAAGCACUAGGACGAGGAUAUACGAUGUGUGUUAGAUUCAAAACGUUUCUAUACAUUGGCGAAUCUCAACAAGCCGUAAAUGAACUUCUUGGAAAGUACAACUACGCUUGGAACGUGACAAACAAUGGUGAAUUAAGAGCAAUAGAUCUUCUGUAG